UCUGUUUGGCUUCUUAUAUAAACAAUUCAUAUAAGUAACAGAGCAAAGAGAAGUUGGCCAACGGUUAGUUUCCAUGAUUCUCUUGGAGUUGAAGCGAAAGCUGUUAGAUUAUUGGUCACCAUCUGAGCUCAAUCCCACCUGCCUUCCUUCACCCUUCAUCCUCCUCUCUCUUCUUCUCUACUCUUCCUUUUAUGUUUUUUCUUUCCAAUCAAAAUCUGUAUGUGGAUUUCCAAGUUUUUAGCUAUGGGUUCUGAAGAUUCUGAGGAUAUCCUCCCCUGAACUCAAAUUUGUUUACUUUAGCUUCCCUGUGGAACUGUGAAGCAUGAAUACUCGAUACUAUUCCCCACCGGAUUCUUUGUAUGGUUCUGGCAUUCCAUUUUCAUUUCAAUCGAUUUCUUCGAUUGUAGAAGAUGAUCAGAUGGCUAUUCGAGUCCCAAAUGGGUCGGCUAGAGUCCUUCCUUCAUCGUUCUUGAUGAGGACGGCAAUGAGAAUAUCAAGAGCGAGUUGGUUUAGUUUCUUGAGAAGAGUCUUCCAUUACCAGAAUGGGUCAAGGUCUGAUCUUGGAUCAAACCCUUUUAAUUCUGGGUCUUGGAUCACCUUGGAAUUCGUAGCCUUGGCUGUUCAAAUGAUGGUCAUAUCUCUUACGCUGCUCACUUCCAAGGAGGAGAAGCCAGUGUGGCCUCUAAAGAUAUGGAUUUUUGGAUAUGCCAUUGGAUGCCUCUUUACUCUGCCUCUACUGUACUGGCGCUUUCGGCAUGGUUCUUUGAUCCAAGGAAACUCUGAUUUAGAACAACAAAGAAGCAAUGAAGAUUCCAGGUCACAUUUGAUGAACAAAUCCAGGACUUUCCUCGAACUGUUCUUUGCAAUUUGGUUCGUGAUAGGAAACAUUUGGGUCUUUGAUUCUCGCUUCGGGUCCUUCAAUCGAGCUCCAAAGCUUCAUGUCCUAUGUAUGUCGCUGCUUGCUUGGAAUGCAGUCAGCUACUCUUUUCCCUUCAUGCUGUUUCUAUUGCUCUGUUGCUUUGUGCCAUUGAUCAGCAAGAUCCUCGGUUACAACAUGAACAUGGGUUCAGAAGAUCGAGGGGCAUCUGAUGAUCAGAUUUCCCACCUACCCAGCUGGAAAUAUAAGCAAGUUGACAGCCAUUCAGGGCCUGGUGAUGCUGCUGAGUACAAUUCAGAUUCUGAGAAUGAAAAUUUGGAAUGCUGUAUUUGCCUCGCUAGAUACAAAGACAAGGAAGAGGUUAGGCAGUUGCCAUGUUCCCAUAUUUUCCACCAAAGCUGCGUGGAUCAAUGGCUCAGGAUUAUAUCUUCUUGUCCUCUUUGUAAACAAGAUCUAAGGAGAUAAAAAAGAACAAGAGGAGUGCUGACCAGAGGAAAGCAUUUGUUUUGAUUGUUAAUAUUCAUGUAUCUACAGAUUAUUUUGAGUGUGCUUAUUGUACAGUUCAGGCUUGUCUGGAUCCUAAGGGAAACAGGAUACAAUGUGAUACAGGUACUGAUCAGAUGGAUUUGUGUGUUUUAUGUAUGUGGUUGAGUCAGAGAGAGAGGGAGGGAGGUUAAACCCUUAUAUAUUCAUACCCCAUUGUACCCAAUAACAAAAGCUUAGAAAAUAUGACAAAGGAACUUGAGGAAA